AUGGCUGCUUCUUCCGGUUUCUCUAGCGCCACCUCCUUCUGCUAUCUAAUUGCAGCAAUGGGACUACAAGUUUUAUGGAGCUUUGGACUUGCUUGUCUUGAUAUUCAUGCUCUAAGGGUUAAAAAAAAUCUCCAGAGUCAAAUCUUACUAAGCCUUGUUAUUGUUGGUGACUGGGUGACUGCGAUACUAGCACUUGCAGCGUCAUCAUCUUCAGCUGGAGUGAUGGUUUUGUUGGACAGAGACUCGGAGUAUUGCAAAGUUGACCAGCAGCUGUCGUGCAUGAGGAUGACGAUUGUUAAAUCAUGA